CGAGCAAAAACAGCUCGCUAUAAAUGGUUACGACUCGCUUUAUCAAUUACCAUAAACUUUCAUUGCUUGCUUUUUUUUAUCAUUUCUUUGUUUCCAGUCUUUUUUUUCUUUCUUUCUAAUAUUCUCCUUCCUUUAAAGUCAUGGAGUGCUAUCAGAGCUGCGCGCUUCCACCAUUACCACAUUAUAAAAGUAGCGUUUUGGACGCCCCUCUCAUAGACGCUUUUCAAUCCAUCGUACAAGAAAUAAUCUCCGGCGACCUUCAACAACGAUUACAAAAAGCCAUGGAUGCAAUUCUCGAAUCAUGGAGUGCUCGACAUGAUUCUCUAAUUGAUCAAUUAAACCUACAGGUGGAGGUACAACGGACGCUACAGAGUACCAUUGAAACACAAGCGCUGCGGUAUCAGAAAGCUGUACGCGAAACGUAUUUCUAUCAAACCAAAUAUGAACAAGCUGCUAAUGCGUAUGCACGCAUGAAACGACGUCAAAAUGAUCGUCGCAACUCAUAUAACAGUUACGAGAGUUGUGUUUCUUCUUUAUCUUCUUAUUCUACCAUGGGUGCCCGAUCUAGAAUUUACUCUGAAGACGACGAUGAUUCUGACCGUUGCACUCCAUACCCCUCGUCUUUAGCCUCUCCUACCUUGUCCUUACCGCCCAUUUCUCCUCUUUUGCCGCUACCUUCUUCGCCAUCCUGGCUUGACCAGGUCACACCUUUGAGGCCCGAUUCGCCGACACUCAUGCCAAAUUUCCCAGCCGAAAGCAAUGAGGAUGAACUCCCUGACCAAGGCACUCCGCCGGAACAGGAAGAAAAUGGAUCGCUUCAAUUCGCUUGUGGUGAUGGUUUCUGGGAUACAAUUGCUCGCGGAAAAGGCGAAAAAGAAGAAGUUGACAGACUCAUCAGGUAUGGUGCUCUGACAGAUUGCAAUUAUCUUCGACGAGGCGGUCGACCCAACGUUGCCAAAAUUUCAGCCACGGUGAAAUCGGUCAAAGAAGGCUACAGCUUGAUCCAUGCUUUGAUUGCGAUAAAGAACACAAGUGCACUUCAGCGUGUGAUUGAAGCCGGUGCCAAUCCCAAUGUCUUGCCACUCACGACUCAUGCCAACGAUAAGAUCAGUCCGCUUGUUUUGGCCGCAAAAAUAGGCUAUCUCAACGGCGUACGAUUACUGCUGGAACGGACGAAUGCCGACAUCCUAUCUCGAGGUCCACAGCAAGAAACCGCUCUUCACGCUGCAGUGGAACACGAUAACCCCGAAAUCGUUACCUAUCUCAUACGUCAAUCAAAAUUUACGUUGCUCGAGCAAGUGGAUGCCGCAGGUAAAAAUGAAAUUAUGGUUUCGUUAGGAUUGAACAAGCUGGAACAAUGAAAAAAAAAAGCUAACGCGCAAAAACUGGAAAUUUUAGGUGCUACUGCACUCCAUUAUGCAUGCAUGGCGGGGAAAA